CAGAGAGAACGUAACCGAAAUAGAAAACACAUUUCUCUGACUUUAUAACUUUCGCUUUUUUUUAAUCCUUAAGCGUGUGAAACGUUAAAAAAACCAAUAAUAAUAUCAUCCGUACGCUCUCUCUCUUUCACUCUCCCCAGUCUCCAUUUCAAUACAAACCUUUUCAGAUUCUCCAGAGAGAUUUACAUUUUCUUGGCGAUUCUCUCGUAAAAAUUCGAUUUUUUUUUUUUUUUUUUUGAAUGAUGAAUUGGUGAUAUACCACAAGACGAAGAAGAGAGGAUUGAAUUCGAUAGAUUCGUGUUCUUGAUUCUGAUUUGUGAUUCAAAAAUAUGGAUCAGUCGACUUCGAUUAGCCGGAAACAACCGAGUACUCUCCGUCGAAGUAUCUCAACGCCGUCGUUAUGUUGCGGAGGAUCUACAACGGCUGAGUGUUGCGGUGGUACGACAGCGAGUUUCGCGGCUUUAUGUCUUUGCGCUCCUUGCAGCGUCGUGAACCUCGUCGUCCUCGCUUUUUACAAGGUUCCUCGAGGGAUCUGCCGCCGCGCAAUCCGCCGAAUGCGACGGCGACCGUCAGCGAAAAAGGAGGUUUUAGAGAGUGGAGGAGAUUGCGAUCAGAAGAAGCUGUGUAAAGUAGGGAGUUCGCAUUUCGCUGUUCAUCCAUUAGAGAGCAAAGACGACGAGGACGACGGUUUAGUUGAUGAAAAAGAAGAUGAGGCUGUGAUUGCAUUGGAGAAGGAGAUGUGGAACAGAUUUCACAGUGGUGGUUUCUGGCGAAGCCUUUCACGAGCUGAAACGGCGUCGCCUCAUUAAGGGGCCCUCUGGGAGAGGUUUUUUACUAUUCUUGUAGAUUUGUUAUUAAUUGUAAAACCCAAAUGUGAUCAAUGUUGAUAGCAAUGAUUUGUCGUUUCAA